AUGAGAUCGAAUUCCUGGUCAUCCAACAUUUGCGGGAUAAAAAAGUGGACACUCUUUCCACCUCAUCAAGAAGAAUUUUUCAAAGACUCUUUGAACAACAAAGUUUAUGAUAUUCGUUCAGUGGAUAAUAACAAAUUUCCCAACUUUUCCAAAGCAAAACGCUUUAUUGUCUAUCAACAUGCAGGGGAAACUCUGUUUGUGCCUUCAGGUUGGUAUCAUCAAACAGAGAAUAUUGGUGAUACCAUCUCAAUAAAUCAUAACUGGGCAAAUUCAACCAAUCUCGAUCUUACUUACUCGGGGUUGAGAGAAGACUUGGAUGAAAUUGAAUAUGCUAUUAGAGAUGUAAAGGAGGUGAUGGGAACAGAAGAAUUUGUGCAGACAUGUCAGACACUCUUGAUGACUAAUUCAGGAUGGAAUUGGACUGUGUUUUGGAAAAUGGUCAAAUUUAUUGGUAACAGACUAUUAAGAAAUAUAGAGACAAAUAGAUUAGACAAACAUGGAGAGAGAAACAAUGAAGAACAAUUGGAGGAAAAAGCAGAUAAAGUAAAAGGGGAUGAUAUCUUGAGAGAAGGUAAAACCCAAUGGAAAGUGCCAGAUAUGACAUUACAACCACCAAUUGUCUUCAUACUUGAAAGGUUGAGAGACGUGGCCAGCGAUUUCUUGUGUCAAUCAAAUGUUUGCUCGUUUUUGGUGACGCAAUUCUCAAUGGAAACUGAAGAGACACUAUUCGGUAUAGUUGAAGAAAUAGACAGAAUUCUUGUAAAGUUAAAACAAAAAGAUGACAAGGAUACCAUAACAUAA